AUGGAGUGUGGCGGCAAGCGCUGGCAAUGGCUGAGUAAAGUUCGGUCGUCCGAGACUUUUAUAGUCAUUGUGGUGUCUAUUGCUAUUUUCACUGAUGUCUUUAUCUAUGGAAUGAUUGUACCGAUCGUCCCCAUUGCCUUGGUCGAUCGUGCCGGGGCUCGGCCCGAAGACGCUCAAAAAUGGGUCUCCGUGUUACUAGCCGUCUACGGUGCUUCUCUUCUCGUAGGCUCACCCUUAUUUGGCUGGUUCGCCGACCAUAGCCGGGCGCGGCAACUUCCUUUUAUCGUGGGCCUGGUCGCCCUGGGUGCAUCAACGCUACUAUUCGUCGUGGGUCGCUCCCUGCCCGCACUGAUCAUUGCCAGAGGGUUGCAAGGCUUCUCAGCUGCCGCGGUCUGGGUCGUGGGUCUGGCCAUCGUCGCCGAUAAUGUACCCGAGAAUCGCGUCGCCGAAGCCAUGGGUCAGACGACCAUUGCGUUGACUUGGGGGUCGCUGCUUGGUCCCACGAUUGGAGGUUUCAUGUUUGAAAAGUUUGGGUACUAUGCGACGUUCGCGGUGCCGGCCGUCUUGAUCUUGAUAGAUGUGGGCUUGCGAUUUGCCAUGGUGGAGCGAACAGGCGAUACCAGUGAUAAAGCUGGAAAACCAAGUGUCUGCGAUGGGAAUGAAACUGCCUAUGGCACCUUUUCUUCACCCGAGAGUGGACAAUCAGAAUGCGAAUCGGCGUCCUCCGACGAAGAAUCACUGAGUGACCGGAGACGGCUGAUCCGGUCGUCAAAUCCAAGCAUCGAACCGCCUCGUUUCCAUCGUGAACGCCAGGCGACCAUCUUCGAUCUCCUUACGUCUUCGCGUCUACCUCUUGCCAUUUCGGCUGCCAUGAUGACUUCUAUAUUAUUCUCUGCGUUGGAGACUACCCUCCCCCUCUUCGUCAUGAAAACCUUCCACUGGUCCUCCAGCGGUGCCGGCCUGAUCUUCGUCGUUGGUGCGCUCCCCAGUGCCGGCGGCGUCUACAUCGGCAAAGCCAUCAACCGCACCGGCGCCCGCAUCCCCUACGUCUGUGGCUUUCUCCUCGCCGCUGUGUGCUGGAUCUCCCUCCGCUUCGUGGGACAGAAGCGCCUCUUUGAGAUCAUCCUCCUCGUCAUCCUUCUCUUCCUGCAAGGUUUCUGUAUCGCGGCCAUUGAAAUCACCGCUACCACCGAGGUGUCUCAGGCGGCGAGUAAAUUCGAAGCUCGGUACCCGGGCGCCUUUGGCGACACGAGUCCCGUGGGACAGAGUUAUGGGUUGUUUAAUAUGGCAUUUGCUACAGGUCAGCUGGUGGGACCGGUGAUAGCGGGUGGAAUUCGAGUGUCGGCGGGGUGGAAGAUGAUGACGCUUGUUUUGGGGGGGGAUGUGUGCUUUGGCGGCGGUGGUGUUGGGGGCGUUUAG